GCCUCGUGCUUCACCACCGCAGCCAUGCCGGGCAUACGUACCAAGCGGGUGCGAGAUGUCAGCGAUGAUGAGAACUCCUCUCAAGUUUCUCGUGCAUCAUCUUCCAGCAGCAAGCGCACCCGCUAUGGUCGCGACGCGUCACCUGAGUCAGUUGAGGUUCCUAAUACUGAAAAUGGCUACCAAAAUUCGUCACGAGAAGCAAACGGCGAGCCGGACGACGACCAGUACGCUGAAGACCCCUACCAACCGGGCCAGCUUGUACGGGUGAAGCUCAAGAACUUUGUUACAUAUACAAAGGUUGAGUUCCAUCCGGGGCCGAGCUUGAACAUGGUUAUUGGACCCAAUGGCACCGGCAAGAGCACGCUCGUUUGCGCCAUCUGCUUAGGUCUUGGAUGGUCACCACAAAACCUCGGCAGAGCCAAAGAACUUGGCGAGUUUGUGAAGCAUGGCAACACCGAAGCUGAAAUCGAGAUCGAGCUAGCCGCCGCGAAGCAUCACCGCACGAAUCCCAUUAUCCGCCGGCUCAUAAAGAAAGAGGGAAACAAAUCGCUCUUCUUCCUCAACGGACGUCAGUCGACGCAGAAAGAAGUCGUCAAGCUGUGCAAAGCAUUUUCCAUUAUGCUGGACAACCUCUGUCAGUUUCUUCCACAGGACCGCGUGGUCGAGUUUGCAGGACUCAGCCCUGUCGCUUUGCUUCGAGAAACACAGCUCGCAGCUGCACCCGAGCAUAUGAUCCAGUGGCAUGAGGCACUCAAGGCGUUGCGCAGGGAUGAGAAGCGGCUGGAGUUUGAGCAAGGCGAAAAGACCCGAGACCUCAAGACACUGCAGGCGAAACAAAACGCUACGAGAGAGGACGUUGAACGGUGGGAACAGCGUCAAGAGCUCACGAGGAAGGCGAAUGCCCUGGGGAAAUGCCGACCUGUCAUCGAAUUGAACUUGUUAAGGAACCGAAUUAGGGAAGUCAAGGCGGAAAGAGACGCUGCCAAGCAAGAUUCAGACCAAUUGAAUGCAGAGGUCGCCCCGUUGCGAGAAGCCCAGGCAGAUGCUGAAGCAUAUCAAGCCCGAAUUGACCAAGUCAAAGCGAGUCGAACGAUCCAGGUUGAUAGGGCGAAAGCCAAUGCCGAUAAGCUUGUAAAUGCUAUAAAAGCCCAGCAAGAUGCCGUGGCGGGGUUCACGAACCAAUUUGCAGCCGAGAAGGACGGAGAAAAGAAACGGAAGCUGGAUGUCAAGCGACUCGAAGGCACGAUCGCUCAAUUUGAGCGUUCCAUUAACGAUGAACCUGCCGAAGUUGACGAUGCUGAGUAUGAUGUGCGGUUGCGUGAGGUACGCAGCAAAAUAUCUAGUACUGAGCGCCGAAAUCUGGAGAUCGUCGAUGCAAUGAAGAACUUAUCCCAGCGGUCACUAGAGUUGAAGCCGACCUUACAAGACAAUGUAGCGGAACGAGCCAGCCUGGACACCGCCAGUGGUCAACAAGCAAACAAGUUAAAGCACCUAUCACAAGACGCAGCAAAAGCAUGGGCUUGGAUCGAGCAGAACCGUGAAAGCUUAUCACUAAAAGGUGAGGUGUGUGGCCCUCCAAUCUUGACGUGCUCCGUCACGGAUCCUUCGUUUGCGGAUGCCGUAGAGACUUGUAUGGCUCCCGCAGAUUUAACUGCCAUCACUUGUACCAACGCAUCAGACCAUCGGCUUCUUUCCAACAAAGUAUUCGGCGAUUUAGGUCUUCACAACGUUUCCAUUCGGCAGGUACCACAGCCACUUUCCUUCUAUCGAUCUUCGCUUAACCAAGAAGAAUUAACACGCCUUGGAUUUCGAGAUUGGAUGAUCAACCUAGUUCAAGGACCCGACCCCGUCCUAGCCAUGCUUUGCGAAAGUGCCAGGUUCCAACGCACUGCCUUCACUCCCCAUCCACUAACAGAUGAGCAAUUCAAUGCAGCAUCCAACAGUCAGGUGUCUUUUUGGAUUGCUGGUACCCAGAGAUACGCCAUCGCCAGACGGCGUGAGUAUGGUGCGUCUUCCAUCAAAGUCACAGGUUUGAGAAGGUCACAAAACUUCACCGACCAGCCUGUAGACGCUGAAGAGAAACGUCGACUCGAUGAUGCUAUCAGAGAAAUCAGAAUUGAGCUGCAAGAGCUGAAGAGCCAAUUCGACAUAUUGAAACAGGAGCAGCAGAAGCUUGCAGGUGAAAUUGACCAGGCAAAACUCGAAAAGGAAGAAAUUGAGUCCGAAAAGAAAGCAAAGAUGGAGGCAAGAGUUGCAUGGGAACAGCUGCCCCACAAAAAAGCCUUGAAGGAGGACGAAUUGGAGGGGAUCAAGAAGCUUAUGGCAGAAACACGAAGCCGUCUCUUAGAAAUCGUUGCAAAGUCUGAAGAGGCCACACUCAAAGUCGCAGCCUUGACACUUGACUACUCUAAAGCUGUUGCGUCUCUUCGACAGGCUCACGAGAGCCUGUUUGAGGCCGAGAUACGCUCCAUUGAAGGAGCUUCCGAAGUUGACUCCCUCAAAACCGAAAAUGCCGACGUCACCCGUGCACUAGAGGAAAAAAAGGCAGCUGUACAACAAUUGCAUGACGAGCAUAAACGUCUAAGGCAUCAGUACAAUCGAAUAGCUCCCAAACUACAAGAAGAAGUAAACGCACUUUCUAACGAAGAAAGGGCAAUUGUCCUGGAAUUCUCAGAGCAGGCCAACCUUGAAGCUCUCGAUAACGAAGUCGAGGCAGUCAAUGCACGACUCUUACUGAUGGCCGAUGGUAAUCCCAAUGCCGUCAAGGCUUACCAGGAUCGAGAGCAGCAGAUUGAGACUUGCCAAGAGAACAUCGACGCACUAACUGCGGAAAUUAAUUCGACAAAGGAGAAGAUUACCACUAUCCGCUCUAAAUGGGAGCCCGAGCUCGAUCGACUUGUUGAAAAAAUAAGCGACGGGUUUUCGCACAAUUUCCAGAAGAUUGGUUGUGCGGGCCAGGUCAGCGUGAACAAGGACGAAGAAGAAUUUGAGGCUUGGUCUAUUCAGAUUCAAGUCCGCUUCCGCGAAAAUGAAUCCCUCUCCAUUCUCACUUCCCAACGUCAAUCGGGUGGCGAACGUUCCGUGUCAACAAUCUUUUACCUCAUGGCGCUCCAAGAUCUUGCACGUUCGCCCUUCCGCGUCGUCGAUGAGAUCAAUCAAGGCAUGGACCCACGAAACGAACGCAUGGUACAUGAACGUAUGGUCGAUAUCGCGUGUCGCGAGCGUACGAGCCAAUAUUUCCUCAUUACGCCCAAGUUGCUCAAUGAUUUAAAGUUUCAUCCUAAGAUGAGGGUGCAUUGCAUUGCGAGUGGUGAGAAUAUGCCGGAUCAGCAUGAUACGUUGCAUUUUCCGAGUUUAGCGAAUAUUGCACUGAGAGUGAGGGAGCAGAUGGUUAGGUGAUUAGAAUGAGUGAGAUUAGUAUUAGUAUUGGUAUUAGUGUUAGGAUUAGGAUUGGAUUGAGGUUGGGGUUGGGUAAUUGGUGUUAAUUGGUGUUGUGGUCAGGUCUUAUAUAUUGGUGAUAGCGUUCUUGAUGAAGUCAUGGAAGAUAUGAGAUAUUCUAAGUGCGUUGGUAACGCUGAGC